AUGGUGGUAAUGCUGAUAAUGAUGAUGAUGAUGGUGAUCGGAUCGAUGCAUUAUUAUAUCGCAAUUAAUGCAUUACCAUUUCCGGAUGAUCUUGACUCAUUUCUAGAAAUGCUGUUUGAACAUACAGAAUGUGAAGAUUUUCUCUCGGAUGAUAAAUGGUCUACAGUUGGUUUACGUGAUUGUAAACCAUAUGUAUGCAAAUUUCCAUAUGAACUUUGUAAACGACCUGCUGCAAAAUAUCAGGAUGAAACAAGUAAUACGUGCUCUAAAAUACCUGAAGAUUGCUUAAUCGCAGUAAAUGGUGGAAUAGCGUUAACAACUGAUGCUAAUACUUUUACCGAUAAUGGAAUUACAAAUACAAAUUUAAAUACCGAUGAAUCGGAAUUAACAGCAAUUACAUCAUCAUUAUCAAGUUAUAGCAAUGGAUUUUCCACUACACUACCAUCAUCUAUUCCGAUUACAGAAUUAGCAACGAAAUCAAUUGAUAGCUUAAUGGAUAUUUGUAAUUUGGAUCAACCACAGGGAAGAUUUUGUGGUUUUACAAUUAAAGUAGCAUAUAAUAGAAAUAAUCAAAGAUGUGAACAAUUUUGGUUUCCUGGUUGUCGUACAAUUGAAACAAAUCAAAAUUUAUUUGAUACAGUAGAUGAAUGCUUGGAAAAAACUAUUCAUUGUAGAGGUACCGGUUCUUUUGUACCGUUCUUUACUACUCGUUAUCCGGCAAUAUCAACUUCUGCAGAAACACCAUCACCACCAGUACCAUUAGUGGCACCAUUUUUGGCAACUACUAUAGCACCUCGAGCUAUAGUACCAGUGAUUAUUGAUGCUGUUACACCGGCAAAACCUAGAGUAGCACCAAUAGCCCGACCACCACGACUAUUACCAUGGUUUCGUGGAAUUUCGGGUGAAGUGGUAAAUCCACGUGUACGAGUUAUUGAUCCACAACCAUCAUUGAAACCAGCUCACUUAACGGUACAACCAUAUUGGUUGACGAAUCCUUCCGGUGCCAACAUGAUACUUGGCUUAAUUUCUAACAGUAUAUCACAAUUUACCGGUGGUGGAUCAGAGGAGACAGGAGGUGAUGGUAAUUUUUUCCGUCAGAUACCUCAAUUUCUUCGUUUACUACAAGGAGGAUAA